AAACUCUCCACCUCUUUCUAAAUUCACAGCAAAAACUUUUUCUUAUUCACCUUGCUCCAAUAGUUCUUCACCUCUCUACAUGUUUUUUUUAAUGAACCAAUAGCCUCCUCUAAUCUAAUUCAAUAAUUUUCUAUACAUAACAAUCUCCUCUUUAACUUUCUCCACCAACAAGUUUCAACAACAAACACAAUACAUCUCGCAUCAGUCAUCACCCUCGCUUAAACAGCACCGGAUUCGACAUUUUUUGAUAACAUGCGAUUAGUCUGUUUUUGCAGGGAAUUUCAGAUGAAGGUUCAAAAGAAGAAGAACAAAUUGAAAGUCUAAUACUCUCUCCGAACGAUACCACCGCACAGACUACACCUCUGCCCCUACGCUCACCAUCAGUCCACGCUUACCGACAUCAAAUCGCAACUCAGCAGCAUCCAACCACGCCACAGAGCGACAACGGCGAACAACUUCAUCGCAACCGCAGCGCCGACUCAGCUUCAGACGCACUUUCAACUCCCUUUCGUCACCGGCAUCAACAUCACAUCCUCAAGGUACAGAGACGCUGCCGCCAGCAACCAUCACUCACCUCCGCCGCGAGACAAUCGGAACCGACUCAAAAGACAGCAAGCCGACGGUGCCAAACCUCCAUCGUCAUCGUCGAUCACCACCAAUCAUCACUCUCCGAUUGCAACAGUCCGUUCAACGCGAGUAAACGCAGCAUCAACUUCAAAUCGGACUCCGCUUCAUCAACGAGACAGUUCCUCUCCGACUCGGGAUUUAGAUCGAAACUGGGAAUGUCCUCCGCGUGAAGCCCACCUCGCCAUUACCUCGAGUUUCCGACGCUUUCUAACAUCCUCCGCUCCGUCGUUGAACCGCACAACCACCAUUUCUGGCCAGGUAUGCACCUUUCUCGCUUUUGAUUAUUGUUUGAGAGAAGCUUUGGGGAUCGAAAACAAUCGGGAUGCAUAUGGUUUUUUUGUUGUUGUUGUUUUGUUGGUACUGAAAGAAGGGUAUCAAGAGAGGAAGAGAGAUAUCAUUUAACCCUCUGAAUGAAUUCUAAUUUAUGUGUGUUUUGUUUUUUUUUUUAAUUAAAAAUGGAUGCCACAUGUUUUAUUCGCACUGGUUUAUUUGUUGGUUUGAAAAAGUCAAAAUGAGUUUAAUAUAUGCGGUAAUUAUUUAACAUUUGGCUCAUUCUUUGAACCAGUAGAGAAAAUACAUAUACAUAUACUAUUAAUGUUAUUUUCUAAUCAUAAUGUUAUUUUCUAAUCAUAUGUUGUAUGUAAAAUCAUAACAAUUUCUAACCUCCCAUUUUAUUCAUUUUGUUUGCUUAGAAUUUAAUCUCUUUAUUAAUUUUGUUAAUUCUCUUAAUUGUUCAUUUUACGUUUGUUCAUUUUUAAUUUCUAAUUAGGUAAUAUAGAAAAAUACAAAAUAAAUGUGUAAUUAAACUUUCUUUGUCGUAUUAAAAUAAAAAACAAGUUUAUGUAGAAUUUAUUUAUUUUUAUUUUCUCUCAUAUAUUAAAAGAAUACAAAAAAAAAGUGUUUCACUUAAGUUUGUUAGAAGCUAAUUUGAAUUCUUAGAUUUUUCCGUCAAUUUUAAUUAACUUUUUUACUAACACCUUCUUGUUUUUGCGAGGUACUACCAUCGUGAGCAUUUGAUUGUUUUGUAGAAUUCAUAGCUUGUGCAUGCUUCAGAGUUCCUCCGACUGCAAACCAUAUCAGAUCAAAUCAAAAGCUAAGUCCUAUUUCGUAUUUAUUUUAAAUAAUCAUUCUAUUUUGUUUUUAUCAAAUCAGGGUUAAAUUUAAUUGCCAUUGAACUAGCCAUGCACUCACUGCUUCCUAUUAUUUCUUCUGUCAAUUCUCAGAUGAUCAGAGUCAAUGCUUCAUACUCGCUCGAGGCAAACCUUUGCCCAGAUGAUCAGAGUCAAUGCUUCAUACUCGAGGCAAACCUUUGCCCAUCAACCUUCCAAUCGAAACUAAGGUUUGUCAAUCGCCAAAGCUACGCGUAUCGGUAACCCUAAACCCUAUCCUCAAUUAUUACUUGUGUUAAACCUUUUGCUUUUAAUUAUAUCCCGCUGGUUUCAAUUCACCUCUCCUCCGCUGGUUACAAUUUCCCUUCCCCAUUAUUAGUGUUAAUAUCUAUUGCGUGGUUAGUAAUCCUAGGGAGUGCAAGUCUUGAAUUGAAUUAGGAUAACUAAUUAUAAGAUAAUAUAAUGAAUUAAUCACGUGAUUGUUGCACACACGCACACUUUUGGGGGUAACCCCUCUGUUGCCUUGUUGCCUGUUGCCUUGUAUUUUUUGCAGAAUAGCCAGUCCCUCGAAUACGAGGAUACCUCAGCCAUGCUGCCUCGAUAUGUAAAGGUCAUACGACCCUAAAUGAUGCUGCCUUCGAUACACAAUUAUGACCUCGACCCUCGGAUGUUGCCUACGGAAAAUGGCUGAGGUAUCUUCUGGUUGCCUAACGGAAAAAUGGCUUAUUCUGAUCCUUGCCUUAGACUACCUGCCCUUCUAUGGCAUGGGACAGUCUUAUGGCAAAGGAUGCUUCGAUGACCCUUCAACCUCCAAACGAAAGGCUUCCUGCCCUCUUAUGGCAAGGAUAGACCCUUUCAUUCUGAAAGGCUAAAAAGAGACCUAUCAUCUGAGUUUAAGGUAAUUGCCCCUAAUUGCCUUGCAAUGCUCAAACCUUUUUAUUAUAUUCUUUCUCAUAAUUUUUCAAAAGGGCAACGCUUAUUCACAAGCUAAAGUCCCUAUCUCUUUCAUCUACAUUUUCUAAACAAACGAGCAAGCAAAGCAAUUAAGAGCCCAUGGAAAACCAUGGAUGCAAAGGGUGCCUUACACCUUCCCUUUGCAUAAAUUACCCCCCGAACUUAGAUUUUCUUUAAAGGUUUUUUUCUGUUUCUUUUUGCCUUUCCGAAUAUUGUUUGGAUAAAAUAAAAGUCGGUGGCGACUCUUGCUUACCGCGACAUUCCGAUUAAUAAAAAGUCAGUUCACCGUAUUACACACUUAAACUGUAUAAUAUUAAUUGUUGUGGUUAGUAAUAUAGGGAGUCCAACCAUGAAUUGAAUUAGCAUCACUAAUUACAAGAUAAAUAUCUGAAUUAACCACGUGAUUGUUGCACCCACGCACACUUUUUGGGUAACCUCUCUGCUGCUUGUUGCCUUGUUGCCUUGUGUGUUUUCUGCAGAAUAGCCAUGUCCCUCGAAUACGAGGAUACCUCAGCCAUGUUUCCUCAAUAAAUACAAAGGUCAUAAGACCCUAAUGAUGCUGCCUUUGAUACACGAAUAUGACCUCGACCCUCGAAAGUUGCCUAUGAAAAGGCUGAGGUAUCCUCUGGCUGCCUACGAAAGGCUAUUCUGGUUCUUUCCUAAGACUACAUGCCUCUCUAUGGCAUGGGACAGUCUUAUGGCGAACGAACUCUCGAUGACCCUUCAACCUCCAAAUGAAAGGCUUCCUGCCCUCUUAUGGCAUGGAUAGACCCUUUCACCCUGAAAGGCUAAAAGAACUGUUUUCUACAUUACUAAGGUAAUUGCCCCUAAUUGCCUUGCUCUGGCUAAAAACUUUUUUUCAUAUUCUUUCUCAUAACCUUCAAAAUGGCUACGCCCAUAUUCACUUCUUCUACAUUUCUGAACGAAAAAGAGCAAAGCAAUUAAGAGCCCAUGGAAAACCAUGGAUGCAAAAGGUGCCUUACACCUUCCUUUUGCAUAAUUACCCCCCGAACUCAGUUUUUUAUUUAAAAGGUUUUUCAUGUUCAUUUAGCCUUUCUGAUUUAAUUUGGAUAAAAUAAAAGUCGGUGGCGACUCAUGCUUUACCGCAACAUUUCGAUAAAGUCAGUUCACCGUAUUACAGAACUGGCGACUCUGCUGGGGAGAAUUUUCUUAUAAAAGAGGGGUUACCUUAAAAGUUUAGGAAUCACUUAAAUGUUUUCUAUUAUUUGCUUUGCUUGUUUUAUUUUUUAGGGCUGUUUUGGGAAUCAAUUGAAGGACGAAUCGUACACCCGGAUUCAAGUACAUCUAAGAUAGGAAGUGGCAUAGUCAUGGCGACCUCCUUCAUGUAUGUGGAGGAUUGGUCAAUAUGAGAGUUCACGCUUAAGUUAGGCCUCUAUGGGUGUUCGCAUGCCUCUUUUACAUGAGAGAGGUUCGUGUGGAUAUCAAUAGGUGAGUCGGAGCUUAAGGACCUUUAGUAACCUUUAACCCAUCCUGACUUUUAGGAACGUAGUGGGGGGACUACUCUUGAUGUAUGUUGAGAGCAUAGUCGCUACCCGAUACUACAGCUCAGAUAGGUUCUUUCUCAAAGUAUCAUUGCAUGGUAUGUAUGUAUGUAUCAUGUUCGAGGGUGCUUUAGGAGGACUGACAAUUCUGGGUAACUCGGUAGAACCCGUUGCUGAUAUCAUCCUUAUCCUUAGAAAUACCUUUGGGGAAGGGUAUCUCACAUGAUCUAAACUCCACGCAAGCCAAGCCUAAGGAAAUUGUGUGACUUGUUUGUGUUUGCCACUAACCUUUGUUUCCCUGCAGGCUUUGUUAAAAGACUUGUUUGCCCUUACUAUCUCACGCUAUGCAUAAUGAACUGCAUUCGCAUAACAUCGUGACAUCAUAACAUAUCAUAUUAACUAACCCUUUCAAGGAUCUUAGGGAUUUAGGGUGCAUGAUUUUAGGUACUCUUAUCAAGGACUGAAUUCCUAUCUAGGGGCAAGAGGAUUUAUUUUUCUCUGGCCACGUACCUUCCAAUUCAGAAACUCAGUGCCUAUCAAGGGGCAAGAGAAUUUAUUUUUCUCUAGCCAUGAACCUUCAAAUUCAGAAGCAUCCUGAAUCGGAGGCGAUGACCCACUCAAUAUGGUGAGCUGGAUUCUCAAAGAGGGACGUUCAAAGACAAAGUUCAGAUUUCUUCAGACAAAGACGCGACCAAAUCAUUUUCUAAUGUUGCUAAUUAAAUGCCUAAAGAUCCUUGAAAAUAUUGCAUUUGCAUUCAUAACAUCGCAUAACAGGUUUCUUACAAUAGGUCUCUCAUCCUUCCUUGCUGUUUAUUUCAGCAUCAUGAAUCUCGAACAAUCAGUUAAGGAUCUCCAAGCUCAAAACACUGAGUUCCAAGCCUUGAUUCUGAAUUUGUCCAAGGGGCAAGAAGAACUGAAAGCCAUGCUGACUAAAAAGAAGAAGAAGAAGGGUAAGAAGACUCAGGUGAAAAAGCUUAGACCGAUCUUGCAACUCAGGGAUGCCGAAACCUCUGAAGACAGUGACGAAGAUGAGCAAGAUGAUGAUGCUAGUAUCAAAACUGAGGCAAAAAGCAACCAUGAUUCUGCCAAACCCUUUGAAGAAGAAGAGGACUAUCACCAUGAGGAUGAACAUCCUGAUGACAAAUACAAGUUGUUAGAGGAACGUAUGAAAGCCAUGGAAAUUCAGAAGGUACCUGGACUGGAUUUUGAAGAUCUAGGACUCAUCUCUGGAGUUGUUAUACCUCCGAAAUUCAAGAUUCCAAUCUUUGCAAAAUACGAUGGAGUCUCUUGUCCUAAGCUGCACUUGAGGUCUUAUGUAAGGAAGAUUCAACCCCAUACUGUCGAUAAGAAGCUAUGGAUCCACUUUUUCCAAGAGAGCUUAUCUGGAACUCAACUCGAAUGGUACUAUCAACUGGAAAGUACCAACAUCCAUACCUGGGAAGAUUUGGUUGUUUCCUUCUACCAGCAAUACCAAUACAAUGCUGACCUCGCACCAACUCGCAUGCAACUACAAAGCAUGUCUAUGGGACCCGAGGAAAGUUUCAAGGAGUAUGCUCAAAAAUGGAGAGAUCUAGCUGGAAGAGUCAAACCCUCCUUAACGGACAGAGAAUUGGUCGAUAUGUUUAUGAGUACACUGAAUGGUCCGUUCUAUAGUCACUUGCUGGGUAGUUCCUCGUCUGGGUUUACUGAUCUUAUCUUGACUGGGGAACGUGUCGAGAAUGGCAUCCGAAGUGGUAAGAUUCAAGCUGAUACAUCCUCAGGUGUUACAAAGAAGCAUUUCAAUGGGAAGUCAGAUUCCAAUGAGGUGUAUGGUCAGAAAAGGAGUAACCAUGACCAAUCUGUUGGGGCAGUUCUGAUCUCCACACCGGCACCUCAAAAAAGUCGCCAAAACAAGCAAGACAUGCCUAGGCGUCAGUUCACAAAGAUCAAUAUGUCAUUGGUUCAAGCAUUACAACACCUAUUGAAGUCAGAAUUGAUCACUUUAAAUGAUCCCCCUAAGAAUCCUAGUACUUCUUCUCGUAGCUAUAAUCCCAAUGUGAGGUGUGCAUAUCAUUCGGAUAGUCCUGGUCAUGAUACGAAUAGCUGCUGGACAUUGAGGAACAAAAUCCAAGAUAUGAUCGAUGCUGGGGAAAUUGAAUUUGAUCCUCCUGAGACUUCUAAUGUAACUGCUAAUGAUGUGGAUGGCUAGAAGGAUGCACUUUCAGAUCAUUAGUUUUACUUUUCAUUCGCUGAUUUCUAUUUUGUUUGUUUAAACAUUUGACUUAUGAUAGACAUUAUCUGUUUUAAUAAUCAUCAUUAGUGCAUUGCAUAUGUUUGUCUUGAAUAAUUUAUUUCACAAUCACUCAUUUUAAAUUAUGUCUGUUUUAUGAUACUUAACUCCUGUUAAAGCUGUAUACCUUUAAAGGGAGGAUGACGAAAAUGAUACCGCAACCUCCUACAGUAUGCUUUUGAACAGACCAUGUUGACGAUGUACAGGCAUUGUUUCAAUUCCUAAACAGUGGAGAUAUAAGGAUGUUAAUCCCUCGCCAACCCCUUUGAGCCUAAGAAGUAGAAGUUUCUUUCUUGUACUAAUUAAAACCCUUGAUCAUAACCUGGGGCAGGGUAAUUCUCAGUUAAUUUGGCUGUGCAGUCUAUUUUAAGAGAAUCAUUCAGUACACCUUUCAACAAAGGUUUCAAUCACAAGCAUUCAUCCGCACACAUCAAAGAAGUGUUGGAGAUGUCAAUCAAAAGCCAAUGAUGGUUCAUCAAUCAUUAAGCAAGGCAGUCAAUAUCUUUCAAAAAAGAAAAAAAAUGAAAAAACAUAUAUACAAAGAAAAGCCUGCUAAGUCGAAAAUCAAAAAGAAGACUUAGGCAAAAAUCAAGGCAUCCCGCAGACUAUAAGCUCAAAAUAGACAGUUUAGGCAAAAGUUAGGGAUAUCAAAAAGAUGAAAAAAGAGAAGUCAAUAAAUUCCCGAACAACACAAUGUUGCGACUACCAAAAGGAAGAAGUGACCGCCAUCUCAAAAAGUUCUCUUUGCUUGUGAACCAUCGUCAUUAUCAAAGGUGCAAAUCCAAAAUUCUCUUGGAACCUGAAUGCAUAAUUUGAAUUAACUGAGCUUAGGAAUGAAGAUCAUCACGAAGAGGGGUGGGUACAAUCAAAUUUUGAGCCAUUAUCCUUUGUUUCUUAAACCGUGAACCAAGCCACGUUACAACCCUUGAAAGUCCUAAUUGAAGCAUGGUUAGUUCGAGAGCAUACUAUCACCAAAAAGGUAUCCUGACUCCUUAAGGUUUACCAAAAAUGCUGAGUUGAUAUUUUCUUUUUACAAACAUCACGUUGUUACGAAUAUCAUGUUUUUACAAAUAUCGCGCUUUUACAUCUCCUGUUUUAAAUAUUUUCAAAAACUCAAGACAGACGUAUGCAUUGCAUCUCAUGAAUUCAUUAUUAAACACAUUCUGCUACAUAAUUUCAAAAGUUAGCAUCAGAAUGAAUUUGCACAGACUCAAAGUUAUCCCGACCAACACGGAUUACUCCAAGAAGCAAGGUCUCCUACGGGUACAAGGGGCAUGGCACGUUUUGCCCAAUCUAUCUGGGGCAAUCCAGUCAAGAUUCGAAGAAUCUCUCAAAAUGCCAAAAAAAAAGGGCAUACAUCCCAAGUGGAUUUCAAACUAUUUCCCAAUCAAUCUGGGGCAAUCCAGUCAAGAUUCGAAGAAUCUCUCAAAAAGCCAAACAGUCAGGGGCAUCAUCCUAAGUUAACGAUUACUAUGGGCAUGUCGCCCGUAGUGCACAUCUCAUAAAGUCCUCGCGAGGCAAAUCUUUCCAAAGUCCCUACUAGCAGGGGCAAAUCUACGCAAGUCCAGUUUGACAUCUUGAUCAAUACUCAGUGGUGUGUCCUAAUCAAUAUAAAUCACUGGGGGCAAUAUUCAAAGCAUUCAUGCCUUUCCACAAAGCCGGUUACACAUGAUCAUAUCCCCCACAGAGUAAUCAUUAAGAAGAUACCUUCAAAUGUUCUUGUCCAACAAAAGACAUAGCUCCUCAAUAGAGUUCAAAUCUUCGACACCGUCGGUUCCCCGACCUUCUUCUCUUCUCCAAACAUGGUUUAUUAAUAUCUGUUAUCCCCAGUCAUAGUGCAUCAAAUUACUGGUCAUCCCUAAGCAAAAUUGUAAAUCCCCAACUGUGUACCUUCAAGACAAGAUCAAACAGCAAAAUCACAAGGAUAUAAAGAUUUAUUUUCUCAAUCAAGACAACAUAAAUCAUAUUCACAUAUCAUAUGUCAUAAACAUAUUCAUACAUCACGUACAUUGCCUCAUAAUGAAUUCAUACAUAACACGAAAGUUUCUCAUUUAUUUUGAGAGACUCGUCGCAUAAUACAUGCAUCAUGACAUUACAUAAAAACUAACUCUACCUUUUUCAGGAUACAGUAACAAGCAGAUGAACAAUAUCUAAGAUCUAAUUCAGCUACUACGAACGGUACUGACACGAUCAACCUUCAAGGAUCUAAUUCUAUCAUCACGAACGGUGUAGACACGAUCAAAGAAUCACGGCAACUGAGUCACGAUAAUAGAAUCACGACAACAGAGUCACGACAAUGGAGUCACGACAAUUGAGUCACAUAUCUAAUCCCGGUAUUCAGUUCAGAAACAAUCAUGACGAUGAAGUCACGGCAAUCGAGUCACGACAAUACGACAAUCGAGUCAUGACAAUAGAGUCAUUACAAUUAAUUCACUUCACACUCCCAACAUCCAGAUGGAAUCUAUGGCAUCUUCAAGCCCGUCUCCGGUAAAAGUCCCUGCUUCAGCCAGGGCAAAUUCCUGGGUAUUCUAGUGUUCAAUCCUAUUUUCCCUUCAGAUUCUGAUAGACACACAAGCCAAUCUACAUCCUCAGGUAUAAGAAGAUUGAACAGGGGCAGCUGUCAUACCCCAAAAUUUGCCCUAAAAUAGUAAAUGUAAUUUUAUUUCAGAUAAAUGCACCGGCCCAGUGGAUGGCAAGGUAAGGGUAAGAAAUGUAGGUAUGAGAGAAUUUGAGUUCGAA